AUGAGAAAUAUGAGAAAGGAUGGGCCAGUCCUUGACUAUGGCCUUCUGCUCCUGCCAGCAAAGCCGUGGACGCAGUUCAGUGCGGGGGCGCUGGGUCCUCUCAAGACCUGGGCCCCCGAAAGUCAACUUGGCUCCAUGUCAAAGUGCCUUGACAAACAGGUCGAUAUUCCCAAAGGCUUCCUGAUUGUCUUCGCUGGACUUCUUGGAGUCUUUCUGACCCCAGCCCUUGCUUUCACUGAUAUCAGCAUUGGCGGUAACAGCAACAGUGGUACAAGUGGGCAGCAGUCAGUGAGUGUCAACAAUGAGCAUAAUGUGGCAAAUGUGGACAAUAACAAUGGAUGGGACUCCUGGAAUACCCUCUGGGACUAUAAUACUAACUUUGCUGCAACCAGACUCUUUGGCAAGAAGAAAUGCGUUGUGCACAGAAUGAACAAGGACGUCAUGCCCUCUCUUCAAACUCUUGAUGCACUGGUCAAGGAAAAGAAGCUUCAGGGUAAUGGACCAGGAGGACCACCUGCCAAGGGCCUGAUGUACUCAAUCAACUCUGAAGAAGUCAAGGACCUGAGCAAGUUGGGAAAACCCAUUGCUAACAUGUGCAGGGGAAUUCCAACAUACAUGGCUGAAGAGAUUGAAAGGGCAAGCCUGUUCUUUUCCUCAGAAAAGUGCUUCAGUGCUAAUAUAAUCUGGAUUCUGAACAUUUCCUUCUGUGAAGGAACAGUGGAGAAUUAA